AUGGCCGAGGGUCCUAGGUCAGGUCCUAUACCUACGGGGCCCAGAGAAGACCAGGCAUUGCCGAUUUCUGCCGUAUCGCCACCUCGCGAUCCUCGUCGUCUUUCGCGUCAAAACAGUCUUGCUUUCCUCCCUCGUCAGAUGUCUACCCCCUCUCCCGCUAUCGCUACCACUACUACUGUACCUACUACCACGACGCCCCCAACAGAGGAAAAAAUAUCAUAUGGAGAAAAGUUGGUGGAACAUCUAGCUGGAAUCUCAACAACAAUUGCCAUAGCUGCAAAUCUGAAGGCUGAGCAAAAGAAAGCGAGAAACACCCUCGGGGCCAUAAAUUUUCACCAUGAAAAGCUGAAGAACUUGGAUCAGUUUCCGGCAGCAAGAGACCUUGUUUGCCUAGUUCGAGAUUCCAAAAACGAUGAGAUUGAAUCUUUGAAAACUGAACUCGAUGCCCACAGCGAGAGUCAAGCGAAGCUGGCCAAGCAGGUUGCUGGUUUGUUCAACGAUGCGGAGACACGAAGUCAAAAGCAACCGUCAGGAGACUUGAAGGCUAUUGAAGCCGAAGCAAUUUCCACGAGACUGUCAAUUGAAAAAAUAACAAAGGAUGUUGUGUUUUUAAAGAACGAAAAUACAGCCCAAACAAAAGAGAAUCACCUUCUCCAUAAACAAGUCAAAGAGCAAGCGAAUGAGCUUCAACACUUCAGAAGGGGUCGGCAUGAAGAUAUCGACUAUCUAAGAAAAGUCUUUGACCGCGGAAUGGGCCAAACCUCCUCCGAAAUCCGUCAAUUAAGGGAGGAGUUUGAAAAGCCAAGCAAUCAUCCGAUCCCCCCAUCCGAUCUCAAACGAGUAGAGCAACUCGAAUCAGACACUUCUCAAUUGAAAAAGGCAUUGGCAGAAACUGUGAAUGCAGUAGUAACUGGACAGUUGAAACACGUUGAAACGGCACCAAAGCCAACACACACAGUGGACGAAGAUGCUGUCAAGGCAUUAACCCAGCGUCUCGGCGCUGUCGAAACGAUGUUGUCUCAAAAGUCAAACAAUGCCGACCAGCAGCCUAUGAAAAUGGACGUUGAAUCUCCUAAUUCUAAAUAUGACCAUCUGAAAAAGAUUCUGGAGGAUUUCAUGGACCUACAGGCAUUUAAAGACGACCAGCAAAUGAAGGCUAUUGAAGAUAACGAUGUUAAUAUGGGACAAAAGCUGCAAGAGACGGUUGUGAAGAUCAGUGCCGAUAUUAAGUCUCAGAUUGAGACGGCCAUGCAGCAAGCUAAAGAUGAUCAAGUGCUGAAGCAGUUGGAUAAAAUGGCGGGUUUGAAAGAGUCCUCUGAACAGAAUGAUCAGCGACUUCAGACCUUGGAGACAGCAAUCACAUCAUUAGAGUCUCGAUAUAACUCGCUCAGCCCGAAUUCUUUGGUUGACCAGGCAAUGCCGGUCUUCACAAGAAUGUACCCUCCACCUCACGUUAUGCAAAGUGUAAUUGAGGGGCUGCAUUCUGUCCAGUUACACCUAUCUAAAUUCCCAGAUUUGUCCAGUCUAUUAACAGCGACUGAGAGCCACGGGAAACAACUGGUAGUCAUGAACUCAACAGUAACUCGUACGACUGAGGAUAUGAGAAAAAGAAAUAGUGAGGCUAUGGCGGAAAUGCGAAACUACAAGCAGCAGGUACAACAGGACAUCGCAGAUUUCCAGAAAGGGAUUACGGGUCUAAACGAGAUGCGAGAUUCUUUCUUUUCCUUCGUUCGUGACAGUCAGAAUAACCAUGCUGGCACGCAGAAAACGUUGCAGGAUAUCAUUCAAGAAAGGGGUCGAGUGGAAAGAGAGGUCUCGGCCGUAAAGGAUCACGUCAAUGAACUUCACGCUCAAGUACAGGGAUUGAGAGCAACAUUGGAUGAACUCAAGGAGUUACAGGCUCAAAUUCCUGGCCUCGUUGCCAACACAGACCAGCUCAAGGAGCUACAAGCUGGGGUUCAGGAUUUGGAUCACAGGAUCUCUAGAUUCUCUGCCAUCUUGGACUCGUACAGGCCCGAGGACAUGCGGUUGCGUCUGGUAAAUAUUGAGGUUUCUCUGAAAGAGCAGAACGAAGUUGUGGCCCAUCAAUUGGAAGGAAUCCAAGACAAACAAAAGGCGAUCGACCAAGAAAUUUCCAGCUUGCCCCACACUUCCCUGGAACAGUUUAAGCAGGAGAUUGAGAAUAUCAAAAACCAGCUCAAGCAAGACUCCGAGGACUCGGGACAGUCAAACGGCCCAUAUCAAACAGCAAUGUUGAAGAUGUCAAAGGACGUGCAGAAACUGGCCAAGAAAGUCCGCCAACUCGAGCAAGCUAGAACGGCCAUCGAAUCACAAAUCAAUGCGCAGUCCUCUGAUCCUGACUCGCUAGAAGCUAGAAUCCAACCUCCGGCCCAUACCACUCAAGAACAUCUUACCAACAGGACGAAGAAACGGAAACGAAACCAAUCGUCCUCAAAUACAAAUAGCCCUCGUUGGACAUGA